CAACACCAGAAUUUCGUAUGUCUGUAUUAAUGGCAAAACAAGAUCAUCAUUCUCGUACACCAAGUACAAAAAUUAAACAUUCUAGUGAUACAAGCACAUCUAGAGAUAAAAGUACUGCACGUGUUAGAGAUACACUUAGACUUGUCAAUGAAAAACCAUCAUCAACUCAUUAUGAGGCACAAUGUCAAGAUGACGACAGUGAUGCUGAAAAAUUAUCACCACUACUUGAUUCAACAGAAGAUUCUACAACUCAUAAGCUACAAAAACGUGAUAAUGUUCAUGAUGACGAUGAUGAAGAUGAUGAUGAUGAUGAUUUACCAGUAACUGAAAUUGACAGUGAUCCCCAUUGA